UCGGUCAGCAUUGGAAAGCCUCCGAGAAGAAGUGACCCACUUUAGUUGUAAACAUAACUUGAGCAGGAGUACGGCAUAUGAAUGCUUCUGUGAUCUUUUGAUAUGAGGGCGAUCGCUGCAGCCUUCUUGUUGUGGACUACAUUAUACACAAGCCAUGGAGAUGGUUCUGUAUGUUCUUCUUGCCCAUCACGACUCUUUGCCUGUGGUAACUGUGUCUGCAUUCCCCAACAUUGGGUCUGUGAUGGCGAUGAUGACUGUGAAGACAGCAGCGAUGAAGAAGGAAGCAUUUGUGAGGCUCCACACACUUGCCCAGAAAAAGACUUUACAUGUCACAAUGGAGAGUGCAUUAACCAAUCUUGGUUGUGUGAUGGAGACAAUGACUGUGGAGACAGCUCUGAUGAGAUAGCUUGUGCUCCACGUAACUGUACCACUGAGGAAUUCAGGUGCAGCAAUGGCAACUGUGUGCCAACGGAAUGGAGCUGUGAUGGAGAUGAUGAUUGCACAGAUGGCUCUGAUGAAGCUCAUGAACACUGUACACCUGAUAAGUGCAGUAAUGUGGAGUUUCGCUGUCGAGAUGGAUCCUGCAUCAAGAAAUCUUGGGUGUGUGACCGUGAGCGAGACUGUCAGGAUGGCAGUGAUGAAGAUUCCUGCAACAGAGAGGAUCGACUGUUAUGCAGACCAGAUGAAAUGAAAUGUUGGUCAAGUGGACGAUGCAUUUUGAGAAGAAACCAAUGUGAUGGGAGCAACGACUGUGGUGACUGGGAGGAUGAACUGGGAUGUGCAGGAUGUCAAGAGGGAGAGUUUAACUGUACCAGUGGAUUCUGCAUUAAUGGUAGUUGGCGUUGUGAUGGGGACAAGGAUUGUGAAGAUGGGUCAGAUGAAUUGAACUGUGAUGUGAAAAGAUGUGGGCGGGGUCAGUUUCGCUGUGACACAGGCAUGCAGUGCAUUGACAAGCGUCAUAAAUGUGAUGGUACAAAAGACUGCUUAGAUGGCAGUGAUGAACUGAGCUGCGUUAAAAAGGAAUGCAGCUUUGGCCAGUUUCAGUGCAACAAUAAAAGGUGUAUUGGAAUUCACAAACUAUGCAAUGGACACUCUGAAUGUGGUGAUGGAUCAGAUGAACUUCAUUGUGAUACAGAACCAGAUCAAGGCUGUGAAACUGGCAGAGGUGGUUGUGCUCAUGAAUGUAUCCCAACCAAAAGUGGUAGUCGCUGCCAGUGCCGGGUUGGUUACCAGUUGACAAAGGAGAAAAAGGAAUGUGAAGAUGUGGAUGAAUGUAAAUCUGAAGGUACCUGCAGCCAGAUAUGCCGCAACACACUGGGUUCAUUUCAGUGUGACUGUGUUAGCAACUACACUUUGAAACUUGAUGGUCGGGGUUGCAAGGCACUUGGUGGGGAAGCAUACCUGAUUUUUGCAAAUCGUGUUGACAUUCGACGUGUUACAACAGACAAGACAGAAUACACAUCCAUUCUACAGGGUCUUCACAAUGCUAUUGCAGUGGAUUUCCACCUCCAGCAGCAACUUAUCUUCUGGUCAGAUGUUACGUUGGACAAGAUAAAGCGUGCUUAUAUGAAUGGCUCUAACAUUCAGGAGAUUAUCACUGAGGGGUUGGAGAGUCCUGGGGGAUUAGCUGUUGACUGGAUUCACAACAAGCUAUUUUGGACGGACGCGGGCACAAGACGUAUCGAAGUGUCUAACCUUGAUGGGCGGUAUCGUAAAGUGAUCAUCUGGCAGGGGCUGGAAAAGCCUCGUGCUAUUGCUGCCCACCCAGGAAAAGGGACCCUUUUUUGGACAGACUGGGGAAACACCCCAAAAAUAGAACGAGCAGGGAUGGAUGGCAGUCUUCGCACGGUCAUUGCCAACACCUCUGUGUUUUGGCCGAAUGGUCUGACACUGGAUUAUGCCUCUGAACGCCUGUACUGGGCAGAUGCUAAGCAUCAUGUCAUUGAAAGUGCUGCAUUGGAUGGAUCAAAUCGCAGAAUUGUUAUUAAUCAGGGCCUGCCACAUCCUUUUGCCCUAACUCUUUUUGAGGAUGAGCUGUACUGGACAGACUGGUACACUAAGAGCAUUAACAAGGCCAACAAGUUCAGUGGACAACCAUUGGAGACAGUGCGAACUGAGCUGCACUACCCUAUGGACAUCCAUACGCUACAUCCGCAGAGACAGCCUGCAGCGGAGAAUAAGUGCCUCGAAAGUGGGUGUAGUCACCUGUGUUUGCCCAAUGAACACAGUUAUACCUGUACGUGUCCUACAGGUCUGCAGCUGACAUCUGACAAACAGACCUGUUCUCAGCAAGUCAGCUCCUUUUUGCUGUUUGCAACCCAGAAGGAUGUGCGUCGUCUGGCCCUAGACUCCAGUGAACUGGCUGAUGUAGUGAUUCCACUGACUAAUGUGUCCAGUGUUGUUGGGGUGGAGUAUGACAGUGCAUCAGAUACAGUGUACUGGACUGAUGUUGAGUUGGACAUUAUUGGUCGUGCUCACUGGGAUGGAAGUAUGGAACAGGUUGUGGUGGGCACCAGUCUGGAAAGUCCAGCAGGGCUUGCAGUAGACUGGGCUGGUCAGAAUCUGUACUGGACUGAUGCAGGAAAUGAUCGCAUAGAAGUGAGUCGACUAGAUGGUACUUUGCGUUCAGUCUUGCUGUGGCAGGACCUUGAUCAACCAAGGGACAUUGUUGUUGAUCCACGAUCAGGCUGGAUGUUUUGGUCUGAUCUGGGUAAACAGCCCAGGAUUGAGCGUGCUGGCAUGGAUGGCCUUGAUCGCAUGACACUAGUAUCUAGUAAUCUGACAUGGCCCAAUGGACUUGCCAUUGACUAUGAGAAAAGUCGACUGUAUUGGAUGGAUGCAGGCCACAAAGUAAUUGAAUCAUGUAACUUUGAGGGGCGUGACCGCAAGCAGACUUUAAUAGGAUUUGAACUGAAGCAUCCAUUUGGCCUGACAAUAUAUGGAGAAACAUUGUACUGGACUGAUUGGGAAACUCAUAGUAUUCAUGUGGCCAACAAAGAGACUGGGGCCCAGCACAGCGUUCUACUUAGCAAUGUCAACAAUCUUAUGGACCUUGAAGUAUUUCAUCGCCACCGAUAUAAAGUCCCAACAGUGUGUCGCACCAAUAAUGGUGGCUGUAGUCAUCUAUGCCUUGUGGCUCCUUUACCUAGGGGUCAUAACUGUGCAUGUCCUACAGGUGUGCUCAUGUCUGAGGAUGGUGUAACCUGUGAAAAAGAGAUGAGCAACUUUUUGAUUUUCACUCGGCAACAAGACAUUCGGCGUAUAUCCCUUGAGGUAGAGUACUAUGCUGAUGUUGUUGUGGCUGGGAGCCUGAAGAAUGCCAUCGCCAUUGAUGUCGACGUUGUAGAGGGAAAGAUGUACUGGACUGACACAGUUGAUGAUAAAAUUUCACGAGCAAACUUGAAUGGUUCAAACAUUGAAGUGGUGGUGUCUGAUGGCUUACACACACCUGAUGGUCUAGCUAUUGACUCUGUUGGUCACAAGAUUUAUUGGACCGAUGAUGGUCAUAAUCGAAUAGAGGUGGCCAAUUUAGAUGGGUCUAUGCGAUCAGUACUUGUCUGGCAGGACUUAGACAAACCUCGUGCUCUGGCUUUACACUAUGAUGAAGGUCAUAUGUUCUGGACCGACUGGGGAGGAAGUCCACGAAUUGAACGAGCAGACAUGGACGGGAAGAACCGGGCAGUCAUCAUCAAAGAAAAUCUGAUGUGGCCUAAUGGCCUCACCAUUGACCGCCCCACAAAUCGCAUUAUCUGGGCAGAUGCUAAAACAGAGACUAUAGAGUGUGCAGACCUGUCAGGUCAUUAUCGCCGCAAGCUGGUGGAGAGAGUGGCUCAUCCAUAUGGACUAACCGCAGCAGGAAACUCUUUGUACUGGACUGACUGGCAGGGCAGUGCUAUAUUUCGAGCAGAUAAAACAACUGGAGGCAACACCACCAAGAUUCGGGAUCAUCUUCAUGGAGUGAUGGAUAUCCAUGCUGUACAGGUCAAUGGUGUACAGACCUACAUUAAUCGCUGUGGCAAGAAUAAUGGGGGCUGCAGUCACCUGUGUCUUCCCAGCCCUGGCGGUGUGUCAUGUGCCUGCCCCACUGGACUUUUGCUACAGCCUGAUCAGAAAACAUGCAACACUGUUCCAAGAGAGUACUUGCUGUUUUCUGGGAGAGGCAGCAUUCGCCGUAUAUCUCUGGACACACCCGACCACACAGAUGUGUACCUUCCUAUCCCAGACCUUCACAAUGUUAUUGCUGUUGACUUUGACUAUCUAGAGGGCAUGAUCUACUAUACAGACAUCCAGCUGGAUGUUAUCAGGCGAGCCACACUAAAUGGCAGUGGGUGGAUGGAGACAGUCGUCAGCAAGGACCUGGUCACAACUGAUGGACUUGCAGUGGACUGGAUCGCACGCAAUCUUUACUGGAUGGAUUCAGGGCGUGAUGUAAUAGAGGUGGCAAGGCUGACUGGCAGUUGUCGCAAGACCAUCGUUGACAAAGAUUUGGAUGAACCACGGGCCAUUGCUGUGUUCCCAGUAAAGGGAUUGCUGUUUUGGACAGACUGGGGCACAAAGGCCAAGAUUGAGCGAGCAUUUCUAGACGGUACACAACGUGAGCCCCUGGUCACCACUGGGCUUGGAUUCCCCAAUGCAUUGUCUAUUGAUUAUGAGGCUGAGCGCCUGUACUGGGUUGAUGCCAAGCUAGACAAGAUUGAGACAUCUGACUUGAAUGGUCUUCAUCGUGUCACCUUGCUGCAGCAAGUGCCACAUCCUUUUGGCUUGACGCUUUUUGGAGACUUUAUCUACUGGACUGACUGGCAAACAGAAAAGAUAGAGCGAGCCAGUAAGCACGAUGGAAUGGGUCGUACUCUGAUUCAAAGCCGCCUAGAAGGACUAAUGGACAUCCAUCUGGUGUCUUCCCUACGUCAAACAGGUAGUAACUUAUGUAGCAUCAAUAACGGUGGUUGUACUCACCUUUGCUUUGCUCACCCUGACACUUUUGUGUGUGCCUGCCCUAACAUUCCAGAUGGAAAACCAUGUCUCACAGUGCCUGCGUCAUCAUCAGAUGACAUUUCUGAAUAUCCUUACCCAGAGAUGACUCACAAAGAUAUGAUGGGCUCCUCAGAAGGGUGUAGUGAGUACAAAGGAAGGGCUGGUCUAUGCCAUCCCAAAAGCCCACAAAAUGAAAAUUCCUCAGCUGCAUCAGAGGCUGGAGUUUAUGGAGCAUUUGUUGCCUUGGGUGUCAUCAUUUUCCUCAUCCUCAUCUGUGCAUUUACUGUAUUCCUCAUCUGGCGCAGGCAUCGGCGAAGACGUUAUAAUAUCGAGGAACUGACUACACUGACUUAUGCCAAUCCUUCUUAUCAGAAGACCAGUACAGAGACAAUUAAUUCUCAUAGUGAUCAGCGCUCUUUGCACAGCUGGGGCACACUACACUUUCGGUCAAGCCAGGAGAAACUAACAGUAAUGGUGCCUGAUGGAGAGUCUGUGCUCAGUGGAGAGACAACUGCCUUGGUUGUACAUAACAGAGAUGCAGGUGCAGUAGCCCUUGGUAGAGGAGGGACUUCUGCUGCUGAAAAUUGUGACCUUUACAUGACACGCAACGUUUUCAAACUAAAACCAAAGCUGGACAGCACACAGGUGGUGAGGCUGCAGAUCCCAUACUUACCUGUGGAGAAGACAUGAUUACAUAAGACUAGAGACUGAUUUUCAUUGUCUCAUUGGGUCACAAACAUGGUGUUUUGCCAAGCCUUGACACUUGGAUGAUGCCACAGACUUGAAAGUUUUCAUUUUGCUGAUUCUGUCAGCAAAGGUGUCUUUCCAGAUGUCUUUGUUGUCAUGUUCACCAGAUUUAAUCAGACACGCACUAUGAUGGCUGUGUAAUUUUAUAUUAUCAUUUUUCCUGUCCUAAAAAGAAAAAAAGUUGUACAGCUGCAUGAGUCCACAACUUAAGACAUUUUGAGAGAAAAUGUGUGACAGCAUUUGUGUGUGCAUGCAUGGGUGGUUGUGUGUUUCUUCUUCAUACUGUACCAGAUAACAUGACUACGUGUUUUUUAGCCAGCUGUACUUCACAGGCCGCACUGGUAUAUCCAAGAGAUCGCAGAUGAGGUAGCAGCCACGCUUCUUAACUGCGUGGAGCCGGGCGAAAAACUGGAGUUGAGUGCUCACUAGUGUGACAGGUGGGGAUGAGAGGGGGGCUGAACUGAUUUCAUGUCCUACUGUUCUGUGGUUCGACCGGAACAGGUUUGGACAGAUGGAUUUGAGGUAGCUAGGGGGGGAUCUCUACAUAGCCAUGUCAUCUGGUAAGUACUUGAAGAAAUCAAUUUUACCACUAAAAAUGGUAUUUUGAUAACUGCUGACUGAGUGAUGGGUUUUCUCAUCCUCUGUUCCUAAUGAGUCAUGUGCUUUGUACCAUUUCAGUCAGAAGGGGAGCUCUUAUAUGGCUUGCAUUGUGGAGUUAAUGAAAGAAGAUUUUAUCUUGGAUUCAACCAUGUUUUUGUGUUCCACUGAUAAAAAGUAAUUCCAACACAAACAUGUAUGUCUUUUCCAUUCUUACCAAUAUGACAACCGGAUGGAAUAACCUAGCCACAGGUGGCAGUGGUAACGUCACAAGUUAGUGUCAAGUUGUAAAGAUCAGCUUUCUCACUUCUUUCUUGACAGAUUUGUAUGGCAUUUAGUUUUGUGGGACUUAAGCAACUGUGAUCAUUAAUGCGUAUUGUGGUAGUGCAUGCAGGCAUGGCAUUGUCAUUGGUAGCACCAACCAUCACUCCCAUAAAUUUCUUCAAGGGGAAGAGGGGUACCGAUUUCGGUGAAAACAUUGCCAGACACCAGAAACAUCAACUGCAGCAAAUGUCGAUACUGUCAUCCUCGUGAUUCACAGGGUCAGUCAUCAGGACCUUCCCUCAUUAAAUGCAAAUAUUUCACAAGGAUCAGAUAUGGUAUACUUUAUUGAAUCAUCUCUCAAGUGACAGAAAAAUAAGCUUACUGCUGAUUCUUUUGUUUUUUGGGUUUUUUUGUUUUUUUUUGUUUUUUGUUUUUUUUAGGAAACAUUAGUCUCUAGCACAUUUUUUUAAAUAGUUGUGGAGCAGAUGCAUUUCUAGCAUCAAGUUUCUAAGAUAAGGUGCUGUGUUGAUGCACAUGAAUAUAAUCAUUUGUACAAGAUGUGUCUGUCAAGCAUUUCUGCAAUUUUGUGAAUUUGUGAAGUAUUUGUCAGAAAGCUGCAGCAAAGCGAGAUUUGUGAAGAUAAGGACACAGCCGGCACUGAACUCAUUUACUUGGUCAGCAUUGCUGAAAGUAUUACAGUAUUGAGAUUUAUCAUAAGUUGUGAAUGUCAUAUAUAAGGAAGCCAUUUUUAUGAUUAUGUGUUUAGUUAGGUACUUACAAAUGGCUUUCCUAUUUGAUGUACACAAUUCAUUAACUUUUUAGAAUUGCAUAUAUGCUGCGUUUUACUCACUUUUACAUUUUUUUGCCAAAUGUUUUCAAGGUGUUAGUGAUUAUGUAGUGUUUUGCAAUUAUCUAUCUUUUUAUGUACAUUGAGUUUUACUCACGAAUAAACAUCUUUAUUCAUUUUCCACAGUAAUAGUGACUGUCCAGUUAUAAUCAAAAUUCAGCCAGGCAGCAUCGUUCUUGUCCAGUUUUAUAGGAGCACAAAAGGCCAGUUGUGAUUUUUUAGCUCUUUUUUCUUCUGGAAACAUUUUGCAAAGGAUCAUUUUGUAGACUAGUAUGUUUGCAUUUCUGCAUUAUUGUUCUGAUGAAGUAAAUAUUCACUUGUCAGCCUAAAUGUAUAUACCACUUAUCAGCUUCUUAUUACUGGAUGAAGAUCAGUGUCCUUAACAAUGGAAGAAUGAUGAGCUAAAAUUAUAUAUUAAAAUUUAAAAAAUUAAAUAAUUAAAACCUUGUUGCAAAAAAAGUGAUUUAUUAAGAUUUAUUCACCACAAUAGACUGUGAGUCUGCUUGUCUCAAAUUACUCAGCAGUUGUAUUGCUUUAGAGUUAAAAUAACAUUUUCAAAGUGAAUGCCCUAGCAUUCAGUAUAAUCAUUUUAGUCAAGAUAUACUAAGAGAUUUAUGUUAGAGCAUUUCAUGAUGUAGAUGUGCCAAAUCAUGAUAAGAUUCUGAUUAUUGACUGAGAAGUUGUAAAACUGUUUGGGAAAAAAGUUUGAAACAAAGAAAUCUAGGCAACUACUUACAAACGAUAGGGAAUCAUAAUUAAGGAUGCAAGUAAACAGAAACAAACACUCCUCUUACAGGCUGUGGUGAAUUUUCAUGAGGUUCAAAACCACAGCAUUAUUCAUAUAGUUGGGUCCUAGCAGCUUGGUUUUAAUAGUUUGAGACUUGUGGAUUCUUACCAGCAACUUUGAAACACUUCUGUUGCUUUGAACUCAUGGAAGUUGGAAGAUUUUGUUCCUUGGAGGAAAGAUACAUAUUAUUUUGGCUACUGUUGCCCUAUUUUGUUGACAAAGAUACCAUGAGGACAAGCAACAAGCUAUGCAAGAGCCACAUUGAAUGACAUUCCUUCAUUUUGUUAGAUUGUGGAAAGGCAGACCAAGAUAUGAUAACAAUGUGCUGAAAGUUUUUGAUCUUGUUUACAGUUUGCCUUACCACUAUAGGGUAUGAAAUCAUGUUGUACAAAUGUAAUUAUGUGAUGCCUUCUGAAGUGAAAUUUGAGUGCAUUUACCUGAGAAAGGUUGUAUGUGACAUUACUGCUUGGAAUGAGAGCAUAUCAUCUAUUUUGUUUAUUACAAUGGUGCUUACAGUGAAGUGGGCACUAGUUUUUUAAUGUUGUAUAUUGAUCUUGGGAGAAAAUAUUUUCUAAAGAAGUAGAAAAAUACCCAGAAAAAUAAUCUUUGUUACUUUAAAUAUCAUUUCUUCUUGCCUUUUACUACACACCAGAACUGGCUGUGUUCAGGGAGUGUGGGUUAUCACUGUUUGUUAAAUCUUAACUGAUACAGGUCAUCUUUUUGAAAAUGACCGUUAAAAGCAAGGGUCACAGUCUAACAUCCUAAAUAUGUUGAUGUAAGAGUGGAGCAUGUUUUUGUCUGUAAAUACUCAAGGGAAAGGAAGUAGAUAUUAGAAUGUGGUUUCAAUUUGCAUAAGUGUACUUCCAGUUUACAUUGCAUUAUAGAUAACAUUUCCAGUUCAGCUAUACUACUUGAUUUCAUAUUGUAUAUACUCAUUACAGUGUAACUGUAAUCACUUAAAAUUACAUUUUGACCUAGCAGCCUAGAAGGAAAGGAGACUAUUUCAUUUGUAGUGUUAUAUAUAGUUUUCUUCUCUUUCUCCCAUCAGUUAAUAAAAGAUAGAGACAGAGACGCCAUAUCAUUUAAGCCGAGCCACUUCAUUCCUUUGCAGAACUAGAGAAGGGAAUUUCUGUUCAUAAGUUUGCAUGACUGGAGAGUGAGGAGAGUCCACUUAAAAAGUAGUAAUCUCUCUGUAUGGGGCAUUGGCAGAAUUCAGUGUUUUUUUACAUUCACAUGGCAUUGAGUCCAUCCUCUCACUUCUACCUUGUACCCAGAACUUUCCUUGUUUACUCCUUCCAGUUUAUAAUAUGCAUAUCUUCAGCAUUAAGGGCAUUUUUAGUAAUGUCUUCCAAUCUUAACUUUUCAUUAUUCCUUUUGUUUUUCUGCACUUAGCCUGGAAUUUUCUUAUCAAAACUUUGGCAGGGUUGGGAAACAAAGAUUUGUAUAUAAAUGUGCAAUGGGAAAAUUACACAUAAUGAUGGUUAGUGUUGUACAAGGAGCUAAUGUCGUCUCAAACAUUAGUUCAGAUUAGGGGCAUUGGACAUUUCCAAGUCAGUCAAUUGUUAAAUGUCAACAAAGGGUGAACAAAAUGCAGCAUUAACAUCGUGACAGUAGAGUGUGAUCAAGUGAUUUAUGUGCACACCUUUUUUAGAUCUAAGUAAAUCACUUGUUUUGUAAAAUUUCACACCACUACAUUGUCCUAAAGAGGAUGUCUCACAAAUUUUCCUGUGUUUAGCGCUGUUUUUUAAACUGCUAAAUAAUGUGUCUGGAUUUGCAAUUGUUUAGCAUCAAUUGAUCUAUGACAUAAUUAUAACAGUAUUUUUGAUACUUAUCAUUUUAUUAUUGAUUUCAUUGUCAUGGAAAUUCAAACAUAUAUUUGAAUACGCUGUUGGUACUCUGAUCAGUUAUUAUUUAGCACCAUAAUUUUAUGAUACUUAUAAUUAUUAUGUCUCUUUAUUUUUUAGACUAUUUUGAUAAAUGCUCAACAUGCAAAAACAAGAAAUGAUGCAAAAGUAUACUACAUAUGAACUGUAACAGUGUAAAGUACCUGAGAAUCAGGUACUUUAUGUAUAAAUGGGCAGAACCAUACAACCCUCUUCAAAACACAUCAUUGUUUUUUGAUCAGCAUUCUGCAGCUUUUGCAGCUUGCAAGGCUGAUUACAUAGAAAACAGAACUCGGCAGCAUUUGAAGAUAUUGUCUUUUACCUGGUGUCUGGAAGAGUUAGAUCUAGUGUAGUAAGGGAGGAUAAUGAAAAAUUGCAGCGUUUUUGAGUUUUUGAAGUCUUCAUGUAUGUGUUUAUAUGAGUGUGUGUGUGAGAGAGAGAGGGGGAGAAAAUUAUGUGAAGGUAAGACAAUAAUUACAGCAGUUGUUAUUAAUAGUGAACUUGGGUUUAUUAGCUGUUCUUUAGAAUCAUUUGUUGUCAUAACAUUUUUGUCAAUAGACUUUGGUGUUAUAUCUCCGGAAAUGUUCCUUGGUGUAUUAAUAUUCUUCAAGGCAAAUGUCAUCUUUUGGAGUGCUAGCUUCAAGUUUAAAUUUUAGUGUUCCGUCCUUAUGGUAUUGGCAAUCUUUAUGAAAUUAAGAAGCCAGAAGCUAGUAUUCUUCUGCUUCAGACUGAUCCACCAUUACUUGAGCUACAUUAUUUCUCAAACCUCUUUCAUUUUUUUCAAUCUAACUCAUUUUACUUUGUAAUUUUCUAAGUCAUUUCCACUGGACUGUACACAUUAAGCCUACAGAAAGUGUGCUAUGUACUAAUGUAUAAUAAGGCUGCCUAGUGAGAUCAACUUUUAAGAAAAAGUUCAUGGGUUUAAAGAUUUUUUGAACCAGUAACUGGGAUGCUUCCCUGCCCUCUGUCCAACCAUUGAAUGGAUACUGCUCUCAGGGAAGAAUCAAGAAUACCAGUCCAGAGGGUUUGGCUCUAGCUUCCAGAGUUUACCCACUAGACCAUGGGGUGGACAAAGUUUUUCUUCACAGGCCAGUCUCAAAAUUCUUAACUAUGGUGGUGUGGUAACAUACCAUAAGCUCUUGCCAUGACUACACAACAAAUCUAGUGAAAAUGGAAUGGAAAUGUGCACACAAUGAUGUUCACUUACCAAAUUUAAUGUGAAAAGUGAAGCUGUUUAAAUUCGCUCACAUUAAAAAUUUAAUCUGUCUUUCCUUUGAAGGCAGCUGCUGCUGCCUAUACUCUCUCAGUUCCAGCAGACACGUUGGAUGCGUUAUUUGUUAUUUUUUGUACUUUUUCUGUUAGAAUGUUAAAUUGAUGAUUCCUCACAUGAAGUCAUAUUUAAUAAAUUUACUUUCAAUCAAAUUAACCUAAGUUAAAAAAAAAAAGUUUAUUAAAACAAGUUUACUUUGCAUUUUGGCCAGUCCAAAGACAUCCACGGGCCGGAUCCGGCGCUAGACACAACCACAAACAGUUUUUGGAACUUGAAAUAGUAUCUUAAUGUUGUAUAUGCUUUUGAAAAGAUCAUACAUGAUCUUCAAAAACGAUAAUUUUUUUUCAUUUUCUUUUCUGUAUUUUAAAUGUCUCUUGCUACAUUUCACAGGGGGAGAUUUUUCAAACUAGUUCUUUUAAUACAACAUACAUUUCUAGGGCAUGUGUGUGUGUGUUUAGAAUAUCCAGAACAGUUUUCAUGUGUCAAGAAUGUUUACUACUUUCACAACAUACUUUAUCAAAUCAACUAUCAUUUGAAAACACAUUCAAAUAUGUUAUUGCUGAUGUCUAAAUUUGUAAAGAUUUUAAGUAUCUUGCCAUUUGUUAGUGUAACAUGAUUACAACUGAGCUUCCUGCUGUACAAGUUUGUGUUCUGUACCACUUUUUAUGAGCUUGCUAUCAGGCAGGUAUGUGUCACUAUAUCGUAAAAUAAAAUGGUACCUUUGA